GAGGCGGAGUCCAGCUGUUCGGACGGGCCAACGGUCACUCCGUGUCCGACGGACUGACCGCUUGCCGUCCGGAGUCCCUCCGUCUUCCCUCGUCCCAGCGCGGAGUCUCUCGGCGAGGAUGGCGGCCGGCCUGGACUCUCUGGAGGAGUGCCUGGAGCGGCACCUGCCACCCGCCGAGCUGGCCGAAGCGAAGCGGAUUCUUUACGGGGAGGCUGUCAGGCAACUGGAUUUGCCUUCUGCUGCUUUGUCCGCUGCUACAGAAAGGGAGUUUGACCUACAGGGUUAUGGAUUUGGAGCUGAACCAGAGCAGUUGAGGCCCCCGCGUAUUGUCAGGGUGGGGCUGAUUCAGAAUAAGAUCCAACUUCCUACAGAUGCACCGGUUGCUGAACAGGUAACUGCACUACACAAGCGCAUAGAAGAAAUUGUGGAGGUUGCAGCAAUGUGCGGGGUCAAUGUCAUCUGUUUCCAAGAGGUCUGGACGAUGCCUUUUGCUUUCUGUACACGAGAGAGGCUUCCUUGGACAGAAUUUGCGGAAUCAGCGGAGAGCGGCCCAACGGCAAGGUUUUGCCAAGAGCUGGCCAGGAAGCACAACAUGGUGGUGGUGUCUCCAAUCCUGGAAAGAGAUACUGCGCAUGGGGAGACCUUGUGGAACACAGCGGUGGUGAUUUCGAACAGGGGUGCUGUGCUGGGCAAGUCUAGGAAGAAUCACAUCCCAAGGAUUGGAGAUUUCAAUGAGUCAACAUACUACAUGGAGGGGGACAUGGGGCACCCGGUGUUCCAGACUCAGUUUGGGAAGAUUGCCGUAAACAUUUGCUAUGGGCGACAUCAUCCCCUCAAUUGGCUCAUGUACAGUCUGAAUGGAGCAGAGAUCAUCUUUAAUCCUUCUGCCACUAUUGGGAAACUCAGUGAAUCCAUGUGGCCCAUUGAAGCGAGGAAUGCAGCCAUUGCGAACCACUGUUUCACCUGUGCCGUCAACCGGGUGGGAACGGAAGUUUAUCCAAAUCCUUUUACAUCAGGAGAUGGUGGAGAGGCCCAUCGUGACUUUGGUCACUUUUAUGGUUCAAGUUAUGUGGCUGCUCCGGAUGGGAGUCGGACCCCUGGCCUCUCCCGCACCCAGGAUGGGCUUUUGGUGACGGAGAUGGAUCUAAAUCUUUGCAGGCAAGUUGGGGACAAAUGGAAUUUUAAGAUGACCGGGAGAUACAAGAUGUAUGCCGAGGAACUGGCUGCAGUUGUCCAGCCUGACUUUGUUCCCAAUGUCAUCAAAGAGUAGCUUGCCUCUGCUGCUGCUCAGGAAGGUUGGGAGAGAAACAUAUUGUCCUUCACAUGCGACAUGGCAGCUCCCCCCCCCCCCCCGAUGUAGUGCCUCAAAACACAUGGUCUGACUUUUUAGGAUGGGAUUCAUAUAAUUCCUUUGGGCCUGCCCACUGGGACUUUGGGCUUUUUUUGAACCAGAUUCAUUCCUUCUCUGCCUCUCUUAUAGCAGAAGUUGCUUGAGGAAUGCACAACUGUUUGGCUCUGAGCGACUUUAAAAAUAUAUAUAUAGCUUCAACUACACACUGUGCACUUGGCCCAGGCAUCAGGAAAUGCUUUGAUUCAGGACUGUUUUAAGCCAGGUGUUUAUGAGGGGGUGUGUUUCAUACAGGUGGACAGAUAUGCAACAAAAUUAUACACCUUUCCUGUAAACGAGUCAGAGGAGUGAAUCACAAUGAAACCAUGUUUUGUAUUCCAUGGCUGUAAAAAGGCCCGAGAGCCAAGACCACAAGAAGAGUCCUGAAGCUGGAGCAGGCCAGAGGACCACCUAGUCUAGCCUUCUGUUCUCACAGCGGCCAAGUGAGAGAGUCACUUAAUCUUCAGCUGCCCUGUUGCGUCAGUUGCAACAACUAAAAAUCACCCCUUGUUUCCCCCUGCUAGAAACUAAGUUUACUCUUAAAAGAGAAUUUUAGAUUGUGAGGUCUUCUGGGCAGAGAUCUGUGCUUUUCUGCUUUAAAGUGCCUGGCCCGUUGAUGGAGCUGCUGUAAUAAUAAUAAAAAACAGUAGAUGGGGAAACCUUGAAAAUGUGGUUCCUUGCUUUUCCUCGCCUCCAGAUGCUUGGGGCUGAAGUGUGUGCUUCCAGUUGUCAGAGGUGAAACUGUAAUUACUUAUUCAGCAUUUCCUUUUCAAAAAUUAUCAGCUUGCAAUGGUCAGCAAAGAAAGUUGGCGCGCACUGUGCACUUGCAUUAACCACUGAAAACCUUUAUUGAGAGUGACUCAAUUACAAGCAAAAUAUAUUUUGCAUAUAAAAUUUCUCUGCAAGCAAAAUAUCCCUUUUGUUGUUAUGGACAAGAAUUAUGUAGGCUGUUCUUCUGGAUCAAAUGGGUGAACCAGAAGUGGAUUAAAUUUGGGCCCAUUUA